AAUCACAAAGAUGUCUGUCUUKCAGAUCAGCUCUAAUGUAAAGAACAUGAAGCCAAUGGAUUGUUCAGUCCUAGUUAGAAAAAAAAGUCAAAUUGAURAGGAGCUCAAACAGGUAAAGGGUGUAAUCAAGCCCUACAAGGAGAUGAUAAAUGUCUGCUGGGGUGACCCACACAGGGCAGGUGUAAAGCCUCUAUCAUUUGUCAGACAGGUUCUUGCAGCGUGUCUUUACCCCCAGCUUUUGGAGAGCAACAAACUGCCGGUGGAUGUCCGACAGAGGGCUAAGAGCCUGCUGGGGACAUGUGCUGGUGGUAGUGUGGGUUCAUACACUGCCACAGCAGGUAUUCCAGAAAUAGUUCAGAGAGUGUCUGAGUUCAUAAAGAAACGAGACGGUGGUGUUCCAUCUUCCCCCGAAAACAUAUUCAUCAGCCCCGGCUCACAGUGGUCACUGGGGAAGAUUCUGAACAUCUUGGUGAAUCCCGAGGCUUCACCCAGAAUAGGAGUGCUGACUCCAGUGCCAUGCCACAUCACCAGCAUUUCGUCCAUCACGGGGCUGGGGGCAGUUGUUGUUCCUUACUACCUGAACGAGGAGCAAGGCUGGAGCCUGCAGGUGGAGGAGCUACAGCGAGCGCUGGAGUCUGCGAAGGGAGUCUGUAACCCUGUUGCUCUGUAUGUCAUCAACCCAGGAAACCCAGCAGGUUAUGUUCAGAGCAGAAAAUCAAUGCAAGAAGUGAUCCACUUUGCUUCAGAGAAAAAGCUCUUUCUGCUUGCUGAUGAGGUGUACCAGGACUUUGUGUACCGUGAAAACGAAUUUGUCUCCUAUAAAAGAGUUCUGGCUGAAUUGGGGCCUCCUCUGUCAGACACUGUGGAACUGGCAUCCUUCCACUCAGCAUCCAAGGGCUUCAUGGGAGAAUGUGGUCUGCGUGCUGGUUAUGUUGAGCUUGUAAAUGUUGACCGUGAGGUCAUGAAAUACAUCAACACCAGUUUCACUGCUGAUUGCUGUGCACCUACAUUGGCUCAGAUCGCUCUGGAGGUGAUGAUAAACCCUCCACAGCCAGGAGACCCCUCAUAUCCUCUCUUUAGUAAGGUGAGACAAAACAAAACAAAAUAAAACACAAUGAAGUCUUCA